CUCAAAGAAAAGGAAAAAAAACCCACUUUUUUUUUUCACAAAUUAUCAAUAUUUGAUGGAUAGUUCAUCUUUGGAGAUGGAUUUAUCUAACCUCCCAAAAGCAAAUUGGUGGGGUGAUGACUAUCUCUAUCAAGUUGGUGGAUUUUGGCUUUUGCCUCAAUUCAUCCAAUCCAUUUAUAGGGUUGUUAAGCAUUUUAAGCCAAUCCCAAGUGAUAUAAUAUUGGCUUCCUACCCAAAAACAGGCACUACAUGGCUCAAAUCACUUGUUUUCUCCAUCAUCCAUCGAUGCUCUAAACAUCGUUUAUCUACAAAUCACCCUCAUGAAUUGAUCCCAACUUUGGAGGUUCAAGUUUAUGCAACACAAACCAUCCCUUGUAUUAAUACAGAUCAUCAAUCGAGUCGAAUUUUCAGCACCCACAUCCCAUAUCAACUCCUCUCCGAAACCCUAGAUUCGUCCGAGUGCCGCGUCGUGUACGUGACGAGGAACCCUAAGGACACCCUCGUCUCGACGUGGCACUUCGUGAACAAGUGGGACAAGGCGCGGGGCGACCCUUGGCCGCUCGACGUGGCCAUCGAUAAAUUCUGCGACGGGGAAACCCCGUGUGGGCCCUACUAUGACCAUGUGAUGGGGUACAAGAGGUUGAGCUUGGAGAGGCCCAAGAAUGUGUUCUUUGUAACCUAUGAGGAGCUUAGGACUAACCCAAUAACUCAUGUCAAGAAAUUGGCUGAGUUUUUGGGGUGUCCAUUUGAAGGAGAGGAUGAAGAGGAACAAGUGCAAGAAGUUGUUAAUAUUUGUAGCUUUGAAGUGCUAAGUAACUACGAAGUGAACAAGUCGGAGGACUCUCCGACUUGGUUUCAACUUCCGUAUAAUUCUUUUUUCAGAAAAGGAAAUAUUGGAGAUCACACAAAUUAUCUCAAUGAUGUGACUAUUGAGCGCAUCGAUGCACUUACUAGAGAAAAGUUUCAUUCCUUAGGUUUCAUGUACGGCACCUAACUAAGUUUUGUUAUGUAUUUUUGUUUAAAUUUGUUGAUGGAUUUUGGCG